GACCCCAUCCACCACCAAACAUUCAACCAUUUCACUUCCAUUUUCCAUAGAAAACCUUUCGCAUCUGAUACCUCACCACACAUGGAUUCGUUCGGCGGCGCAUACUUCACCGACGAGAAAGCAGCGAAGGUGGAGAACAUCUUCCUCGAGUUCCUCAAGAGCUUUAGGUUGGAUCAGAACUCACGAGAACUGUUCUAUGAAUCGGAGAUUGAAGCGAUGAGGCCGAAUGAGUCGAAUACCAUGUUUAUUGAUUUCUCGCAUGUUAUGCGGUUCAAUGAUGUGUUGCAGAAAGCUAUUUCUGAUGAGUAUUUGAGGUUUGAACCGUAUUUGAAGAACGCGUGUAAGCGAUUUGUGAUGGGACAGAAACCGACAUUCAUAACUGAUGACAAUCCUAAUAAGGAUAUAAAUAUUGCUUUUCACAAUCUGCCUAUCAUAAAAAGACUGAGAGAACUGAGCACAUCUGAGAUAGGUAGACUAGUGUCGGUAACGGGAGUGGUGACUCGAACAAGCGAGGUUAGGCCUGAACUGAUCCAGGGCACUUUUAAGUGCUUGGAGUGUGGAACCAUUGUUAAGAAUGUUGAGCAACAGUAUAAAUACACUGAGCCAAUGAUAUGCAUGAAUGCUACAUGUUCAAAGAAAGGAAGAUGGACACUUCUCAGACAAGAAAGUAAGUUUGCGGAUUGGCAGAGGGUUCGGAUGCAGGAAACAUCAAAAGAAAUACCUGCAGGGUCACUGCCGCGAUCGUUAGAUGUCAUUCUACGCCAUGACAUUGUUGAGCAGGCUAGGGCUGGUGACACGGUGAUCUUUACGGGCACUGUAGUUGUGAUACCUGACAUAUUGGCAUUGGCAGCUCCUGGAGAAAGAGCGGAAGUUCGUAGAGAAGGUGGUCAAAGUCAACGCACUGGCGGUGGUAGUGUCCAAGAAGGUGUCAAAGGUCUUCGUGCAUUGGGAGUUAGAGAUCUUUCGUAUAAGCUUGCGUUUAUUGCCAAUUCAGUGCAGAUUUGUGAUGGUAGAAGGGAUGCUGACAUACGAAAUAGGAAGAGGGACGCCGAGGAUGAUGACACUCUACGGUUCACGUCGGAGGAGGUAGAUGAGGUUACACAAAUGAGACGUACUCCUGACUUUUUCAACAAGCUUGUCGAUAGUAUGGCCCCUACUGUUUACGGUCAUCAAGACAUCAAGCGAGCAAUCCUGCUUAUGCUUUUGGGUGGUGUCCACAAGUUUACUCAUGAAGGAAUCAAUCUUCGAGGAGACAUCAACGUUUGUAUUGUUGGGGAUCCCAGUUGUGCCAAGUCUCAGUUUCUCAAGUACACAACAACUUUAGUUCCGAGAUCUGUAUAUACAUCUGGGAAAUCAUCGUCUGCUGCUGGAUUGACUGCUACUGUCGCAAAAGAGCCGGAAACCGGAGAGUUUUGUAUAGAGGCUGGUGCACUAAUGCUUGCUGACAAUGGUGUUUGUUGUAUCGAUGAGUUUGACAAGAUGGAUGUAAGAGAUCAGGUUGCCAUACAUGAGGCUAUGGAACAACAAACAAUUAGUAUUACAAAAGCAGGAAUACAAGCAACGUUGAACGCAAGGACGUCUAUUUUGGCUGCUGCAAAUCCCACUGGAGGCCGCUACGAUAAGUCUAAACCGUUGAAGUACAAUGUUGCCCUUCCUCCAGCCAUCCUUUCAAGGUUUGACUUGGUAUACGUCAUGAUUGAUGAUCCUGAUGAUACAACAGAUUAUCAUAUUGCAAACCACAUAGUGCGUGUGCAUCAAAAGCGUGAAGCAGCUGUUGAUCCAACAUUCACCACUGCACAACUGAAGCGUUAUAUUGCAUACGCCAAGUCAAAAAAGCCGAAGCUAAAUGCAGAAGCCAGACAACUUUUGGUGGAUUCUUACGUUCAUCUCCGUAAGAGUGAUACGGCUCCAGGAAGUAGAGUCGCAUACCGUAUGACAGUCAGACAGUUGGAGGCACUAAUCAGACUGUCAGAGGCAAUUGCCAGAUGUCACCUGGACGAUGAGGUUCUUCCACGUCAUGUUACUUUAGCAACUAAACUCCUAAAAACUUCAGUAAUCAGUGUGGAGUCACAAGAAAUUGAUUUGACCGAGUUUCAAGAUGAGAAUAUAGAACAUGGUGAUAACGAAGAAAAUGGUGAUAUUGGAGAAAACGGUGAAGCUCAGCCAGCUGGCGCAGAUGCUGACACAAAUAAUAUGAACCCAGAAAAUGCAGACGGGGCUGGAGGGAAGAAACUUGUUAUAACAGACGAAUACUUUCAAAGGGUUACUCAAGCUCUUGUGAUGCGUCUUAGACAGCAUGAGGAAACGGUUCAGCGAGAAGGGAGUGGGUUAGCUGGAAUGAGGCAAAGGGAUCUGAUACAGUGGUAUGUGAAACAGCGGAAUGAAAGUGAGGCCUACGAAAACGAAGAAGAGGCAAAGGCUGAAGUCACCAAAGUUAAAGCUAUAAUAGAGAGUUUGGUAAGAAGGGAAGGGCAUUUAAUUGUGGUGAACGAAGAGGAAGUGCCGCCACAAGGGGAGGAUGAUGGAAAUGCCAGACGGCCUUCUCGGAACAACAGGAUUCUUGCAGUGGCACCCAACUAUGUUCUUGAUCAACUCGACUAAUUUAUCGGCUUUGUGAUACUAGUUAUUUGGUAGUUUCAGAAACUAGACACCAAAUUUCAUUGUAAAGCUUGUGAUGCUGCUACAGCAAUAGUAUGAGUCUAGGUAUGUGCUCUAUGUAGUUCUGUUUCAUCCUUUGUUUUGGAACAUAAAAAACUUUUUUAUUAUUUAAAAACCGGAUAUUGGUGUGUGGCUUGUACUUGUCACUGUUCACACUA